GAUGCACACCCUGCAGCUUUAGCCGCGAUCUGCCCUUUUGUAUACAGUGCAGGGUUAACGUGGGCUCUAACCUUGCGUCCCCUAGUAUGCAAACUGAGCUCGGCUUCGACCCAGCAUCGGGUGGCAUUUAGCGCCCUCUCGGCCCCUCUGCUUCCUACCGGCUCCGGGGAAAUUCCUCGCCGCGCUCAGGAUCGGAGAAGGGAGCAAGCCGGCAGAGAUUGAAGGCAGCGGCCGAGAUCGGCGCUCGAUCCCCCCCGCCCCGGGGCAGAGGGAGGAGCACAGUGCCCGGGGAGGGUGGUAAGAGAUAUUACAGAGUACGGUGCAGAGUGCAGACCACGGGAAAGACAUUUUAUUUCGAGGAGAUACAGCGGAUUCUCCUCUGACCAGUCUUUCUGCCAAAAUACGAGAAAUUGUCACCAGAAACCUGGAGGAGGAGGAGGAGGAGAUAUCAGCAUUGCCCCUGGAGAUGACAUCCAUGCUGCCUCUUCAAGAAGAGAAUCGUAUUUUGCAACAGGAGUUAUCCCGUGUAGAGGACCUCCUGGCUCAGAGCCGAGCUGAGCGCGAUGAACUGGCGAUUAAAUACAAUGCCAUCAGUGAGCGGCUGGAGCAAGCCUUGAAGCUGGAGACAGGGGAGAGGGAGCGCGAAAGUCUGGAAAACAAGAGCCUAGCGCAGCAGAACAUCGAGCUACGGCGUUGCCUGGAGGAGGAACAGGCUUCUUAUAAACGCAAGCUUCAGGCCUACCAGGAGGGUCAGCAGCGGCAGGCCCAACUGGUCCAGAAACUUCAAUCCAAGGUCCUUCAGUACAAGAAGAAAUGUGGCGAGGUGGAGCAGCAACUGAUUGAGAAAGCCACAGAGCUGGAACAGCACCGACUCUCUAGCCAACUGGACCUCACAGAGUCACGACUGCGGCAGUCUGAAGAGGAACAGAGCAAUGAACUGGAAAACACCCUGAUUCGCUUGGAGGAAGAACAGCAGAGAAGUAGCAGCUUGACCCAAGUGAACUCCAUGCUCCGGGAGCAGUUAGACCAGGCAAACUCAGCCAACCUCGCCCUGAGCGAGGAUAUUCGCAAACUGACUGCUGACUGGACUAAGGCACGGGAGGAACUCGAGCAGAAGGAGGUGGAAUGGAGACAGGAAGAGGAGUCCUUUAACACGUAUUUCAGCAACGAACACAAUCGUCUGUUGACACUGUGGAGACAGGUUGUGGGCUUCAGACGUCACUUCUGUGAGAUAAAAUCGGCCAGUGAACGGGAUCUCUCCGAGCUGCGGAACGACCUGGCGAAAUCCUCGCGCACGAUCCACGCGUCAUGCCUGAACCUGAGCGGAUACCUGCGUUUGUCGGAGAGCAGCUCCACGGUGACGCUGGAGAAACAGUCAAUCCAGCUUGCUCAGCUCGAGGAACAGCUCCGCGACAAGGUGCGGGAAAUGAUCCAGCUCCAAGCCAAGUACGACCGGGAGAAAGCCGAGCAGAAUGCCAGGAUCACAGAAUUGAUGGUGACUGUCGAACGACUGACAACCCAGAAUAAUGAGAAGGAGAAGACAAUCAGCAGCCUGAACCAGAUGGUGGAGAAUCUGGAAGCAAGCCGAGCUGAGACCCAGGCUGGUCAGGAUGGAACUGAAAUCGAUUCUGCCAAAGCAGAGCUGGAGUCGCUGCAUCAAAUCCUCAGAGACAUCACACAGGUGGUCAUUUCUGAAAGUGGGGUUCCCUUCCCAGCCGCUGAGCGGACUGGCGAGGUCACGGAAAUGGAUUCCUCCCUGCUCGGUCCCCUGGGGCUCACAUCCAGCCUGCGCACCCCGUCUCCACGGCGAAGGACCUCUCCCCGCCGCAGCCAUUCACCGCGACACAAUCUCUCGCCAGGACUCUCUGACUCCAUGUACUCGGCUGUUCAAGCUGCUGUGCAGAAGAGGCAACUUCUGAUCCAGGAGCUCCGUGCAAAGCACGAGGUGUGCCAGGACACGGUGGCCAGUCUGAAGAAGCAGCUGGGCGACAGUGAGAACGAGCGCAGGGGCCUGGAGCAACACAUCCUGAAGCUCAAGGAGGAGACUGAGGACUUGGUGCGAGCCAAGGAUGAUGCCAGGCGUGAUGCCAGCCGCUUCCGCUCCUCUGCCGACCUGCUCGGAAGUGAGAAGUCGAACUUGGAGAAGUCCCUUCAGUCCCUGCAGCUGCAGAUGGAGACGGCACAGCAGGAGAAUGAGAAAUUGCAGCUGGCCAACAGCGAACUCCAGCGACAGCGAGACAACCUGGAGGACGAGAAGGAGGACAUUCAGAAGGACAAGGAGAGGGCGCAGAAGGAGAUCGAGCGAGGCCACAAGAUGCUUGAGCAGAUGGAAGUGAAGAACUCAAGUAUGAAAAAGGAGUUGGUGCUGGUGAAGGAGGCCUUGAGGAAGACAGCAUUAGAUAAGGAGGUGCUGGAGAAUGAGAAGGCCGGAAUUGAAGAGGCUCUAAGCAAGGUUGAGGCUGCGAACGCUGAGAUGGAGCUCAUCUUGAACAAGCUGAGAGCAGAGCAGGCAUCCCUCCGGGAUUCUCUCACCAAGAUGAGCGCCUUCAACGAGGGUCUGGCCCAGGACAAAGUGCAGCUGAACAAGAUCAUCCUGGAACUAGAGGAUGAAAAGGUCAUGCUGCUGGGGCAGAAGAAAGAAGUUGAACAGGAAAAGGCCUCGAUCCGUGAUGAGUUGGUACGACUGGAGCAAGAAAAGCUGGACCUGCAUACCGAACGUCACGGCCUGGACCACUCCCUGCAAAUUGUGGAGCAAAGUCGGGAGAGGCUUGAGCAGGACCUGAUGACAUACCAGCGGGAGAAGGGGGAACUGCAGGGUCAGCUCGCACAGGUGACACGGCAAAAGAACAGCCUGGCCGAGGAGCUGCUUGAGGCCCGCUGUGAGAUUGAACGCAGCAGUGAGUCUCUGCUCCGAUCUGCCAAAGAAAGGGAGGAACUGACCAGGGAGAAGGCCAAUCUCGUGGUUCAGCUCACAGCUUCCGAGCGUGAGAACAGAGCGCUGGCAGAUGAGGGGGCUGCUCUCAGGUCUGAGAAGGAGGCUUUGGAAACCACGUUGUUUGAUACUCAGCAGCAGCUGGUAAUCCUGGAGGCACGGUCAGAGCAGCUUCAGGGAGAGAUUCACACUUUACUCCUGGCCAAAGAGGCUCUGCAAGUUGAGAGUAACCGUGUACGGAAGGAUAUAGAGAUUGAGAGGACCAAGGCGGAGCAAGACAAGGAGCUCCUCACGCAGAAACUCUCCCAAACCGAGCACGAGGCACAGGCUGCUCUGAGAAAUGAGCAGACAGCCCACGAGGAGGAUGUGGAUCGACUUCAGCAAGAGAAGGAAGCCUUGCGUCUGAGGCUGGAAGAGGAACGUGAGGAGAUUGUCCGUCAGCUGAAGCAAGAGCGGGAGGAGCUCUGUGUUCGCUUCGAAGUUGAGAAGGAGGAGUUAAGUGAAGAGAUCACGGCCCUGCAGCAGGAGCGCGAUGAGACUCUGCUGCUGGCUGAAAACGAGAAGCAGCAGAUCUUGUCCUUGAAGGAGUCAGAGAAGGCAAUUCUCUCAGAGAAGCUGACCAAUACUCAGCGUGAGCUCGCCACAGUUUCAAUGGACCUGGAGCAGCUGAGACGGGACACAAAUAGCCGACACGAGCAGGACCGAAUCCAAAUUAACAACUUGACAUCGGAGUUGAAGAAUUUCCAUGCUCAGUUUGAAGAAGCUGUCACUGCCCACAAGCAAGAGAUGAAGAACCAGAACGAACAAGCCAAGGAUCUGAUGAAACAGCGUGAAGCUGCCCUCCGAGAGGUGGAGGAGCUGAAGACACAGCUUCGAGUGGCCGAAGACACCCGUGAUGGUAUCCGACGCGAGCUGAUCGAAGCUCACCGGCAGAUCCGAGAGCAGCAGGAGACCCAGGAGGUGCAACGCAAAGAGAUCACUGAUCUCCGACGGUCUGUAGCCGAUGAAAUGAAGGAGAAGGAGGCCGUGCAGAAAUCCAACCAGGAGCUGCGGGGCAACAUCAAGAAAGCAGAGAGCAAAAAGAUCAGUUUGAAACGAGCUAAUGAGGAGAAGGAACAGAAGAUCUCUGUGCUGGAAGAGGCGAAAGUGAACAGUGAGAAGGAGUCAGCAGACCUUCGAGCAAGUCUCCGAGAAGUUGAGAAAUCCCGACUGGAGGCGAGGCGCGAGCUGCAGGAGCUGCGCCGACAGGUGAAGAUGUUGGAUAGUGAAAACACGAAGAAGAGUAAGGAGGUGCUGGAGCUUCAGGCUCGUGUGACCCUGGACGAGCAGCGAGAUGAGGACAGUAGGCGUGAGUCGUUUGAACUAAAGCAGAAAAUAGUACAAACUGAAGCCAGCAGGGAAUCUGCUCGCAAAGAGGUGGCUAACCUUCAGCGCAAGGUAGCAGAAGUCGAACAGGAAUUCCGCAUCCGGGAAAAGGAGCUGCUGGGCAACCUGGAAGAGGCCCAGGGAAUCGGGAAGAAGCUCCAGGACAAUGCUCGCAACCUGGAGUUGAAGUUGCAGAAAGCUCACAGUGAGAUCCAUGAGCUCUGUAUGAAGCUGAGCGCAGCUGAGGGACGGAUAACCGGAUUGGAGGCCGAGUUAGCGAGGGUGGAGGGACUGAAACGGGACAUGGAGUUCAAGCUGGGGAGCCUGCAUUCUGCACUUCGCCGCACUCUGGGCAUCAGCCGAACUGGACGGACGCAGAGUCCCGUGGUGAGGGGCCACAGCAUCUCACCCCAGAGACCACCGUCUCCCACAAAAGGUUUUGACCGCUCUUUUACUACCACAGUGGACGGUGGCCACAGCAACCCAGUUCCCCAGACUGGAACCCCCGAGCGCAGCACCACAUCCCGGUCUGUAUCACCCGAACGCUCCUUCUCCCCGACCCGCAGUGAGCAACUUGUGGCCGACAUUGACCCAGAAGUGGUUCGGACGGCACUACGAGAAUUCCUGCAGGAACUGAGAGACAUGCAGAGGGACCGGGAUGAAGCACACAUUCAGGUUUCUAACUUGAACAGACAGCUGAGGGAGAUGGAGUUUGAUCGGGACAAUGUUAACACUCGCUUACAGCAGCUGCAGAAAUCAUUGGCCGAAUGCGAGGAAGGUAAGCGGGGCAUUGACGGGCGCCUGGCCAGCGCUCAGUCUGCACUUGGGCUGCAGGAGGAAGCAAUCCGCCGGAAUGAGCGCGAGCGCAAAGCGCUGCUCGAAAAGAUUGCAACACUGGAGAGAAGCAUCCAGUCAGCCGAUGGUGACCGGCGCAGCACACAGGAAAAAUUGAGCAAAAUGAAAGCAAACGAGGCAAAACUAGAGAACGACAAGCGCAAGCUGAAGGACUUCCUUGAUGCCUCCGAAAGCCGGGCCACCAAGCUGGAGCUGGCUCGCCGCUCGCUGGAGGGGGAGCUGCAGAGGAUGAAACUGGUGGCUAGCGACCGGGAGUCGGAGGCCCAGGUUCUUCAGGACCGCGUGGAAACCCUGCAGAGGCAGGUGGCAGACGGCCAGGCCAAGGCCAACAGCCUGCAGCUGACCGUGGACCGGCUUAACACCACGCUCGCCAAGUCAGCGGAAGGGGAAAGCCACCUCAAGGACAAAGUGCAGAGCCUGUCGCUGUUGCUGUCUGACAGGACAGCUGGUGCGUCCGUGCUCCAGGACAAGGUGACACAGCUGCAGAAAGCACUAAGCAGCAGUGAACAUGAUCGCCGUAUCCUACAUGAGCGUCUGGAGGCUGCGCGUCAAGCAGUUAGCGAAACAAAGAAACAGAACAGCCUCCUUUCGGACAGGGUUCAGACCCUCCAGACUGAGCGGCAGGAAGGGGAGCAGCAGCGUGUAGAGCUGGAAUGUCAGCUCCAAAAGCAUCAGGAGAUGUUACACCAACGUCAGGAGGGGGACGAGAUCACACUGCGGAAUGUUCAUAAACUUCAGGAGGAGAAGCACCUUCUCCAGGAGCGGCUGAGUGUCCUGCAGCGUGCCGUCGCUCAGCUGGAGAAUGAGAAGCGUGAGCUGGAGAGGUCAUCAGUCCGUCUGGAGAAGGAUAAAAGUGCCCUGAAAAAGACACUAGACAAGGUGGAGCGUGAGAGACUGCGGACUGAGGAGGAUACGCUGCGCAUGUCUGCAGAGAAGGGGCGUCUGGAUCGUUCACUCACGACCGUGGAGCAGGAGCUGGUGGAAGCUCAGAGACAAACCCAGCAACUGCAAGCCCAGCUUGCAGACAUGGAGCAGUCUCACUCUCAGAGCUUGAUUGAAGCUGCAGCCCACCACCGCCAGGAGCUCCAGAAGGAAACAGAACGACUGCGUGUGACUCAGUUACAGACUGAGAGGACACUGGAGGCGCGGGAACGUGCUCAUCGGCAGCGCGUGAAAGGGCUCGAGGAGCAGGUUUCGACCUUGAAGGGCCAACUGCAACAGGAACUCCGGAGACGCCAGCCUCAGUAUUCCCACUCUGUCCUGUCCGGGAACUAAUUCCGUCUUUUGUACUUCGCAGCAUCCAUAUGGAAGAAUAUCACCUUUCAUUCCCUUCAUCAGCCACGACACACACCAUAUCUCUACUGACAGUAGAGUCAUGGACCCCUUCGUCCAUCCCAGUAACAUUUGAUCCAAACCAACACCUCAGCAGCUGACUGUGUUCAGCGGACUCCCCAGCUGUCACCUUGUCAUUGUUACAAGACAAGCUUCUCCAUUUGUUACCCUCGUGUUCCUUUUCCCAGAAACAAGUCACUACCACUUUCCUUAUGAAGGCCUGUCCCAACUGGCCAUUAUGUUUGGGGAAGUGAUCAAAGUAAUUUACCUUUUGACACCCUCUAGCAGGAAGUCAAUUUGAAUCAAAUAUUUGGUGCCUAGUUUUGUUCAGUGUCUGCCCUUCCCAUUUUAAUAACAAAAACGGCAACAAACUUCAAAUCUAUAAACCAAUUUUCAGGCUCAGGAGGAUUAAACGCACUGAAAUGAGAUCAUUUAACUCCUAAACGUUGGUGUCAGGAAUUUAAACUUAAUGUACCGCAUAACACAGGUCUGCUAGUGCUAAUCUCUGUCCUUUCUUAAUGGUUAUCACAUCUAUCAUUGCAUUGUCUGAUCUAAAAUGUCACUUCUUUACACUGAUAAAACAUAUUUAGUUCUCUCAGGACAGUGAUUUAAAAUGAAUUUGGGGAUUUAAAUAUACAUAUUAAUCACUUAAAACCUUUUAACUGAGUAAAGAUUUAACAGCAUCUCAGGUUUGUUUAAUACAUCUUUAAUCAGUUGUGUGACCCUUUGAUCUUUUGCUUAUAAAUUCUGUGUCUGAUACCACCUAUCUCAGUAACUCCUGAAGAAGGAGAGAGGCUCCGAAAGCUUGUGUUUUCAAAUAAACCUGUUGGACGAUAGAAGAAGGAUUAUACCCGAAACAUUGACUGCCAUACUUCUGAAUUACGUUAACUAGAAAUGGCUCCCCUUUCCUUCUGUCCUUAUUGUGCUCUGUGUCAAUGAGCACUUUAGCUUUAGCUUUUCCCUGUGGUUUGAGGGCUCUGAUACCUGGUAUCUAAGAGAAAACACAUAAAACACAUCCAGCCUUAGCUUGGGUCUCCACUAGUUCCCAGAGAUCUUCCUGCCAUGGCGCCCUUCAGCAUCAACAGGACCUUAGCACUAGGUUCAAAUUGCUAAUUUCCUGUUCAGACCAUAGAUAUCAUAGAUUCCCUGAAGUGUGGAAACAGGCCCUUCAGCUCAACCAGCCCUCACCAACCUUCAGAGCAUCCCACCCAGACCCAUACCCCGACAACCCACCUAAUCUACACAUCCCUGGGCAGUUUAGCAUGGCCAACCCACCUGCCCUGCACAUCUUAGAGCACCUGGAGGAGACCCAUGCAAACACAGGGAGAAUGCACAAACUCCACACAGUCGCCCGAGGGUGGGAUUGAACCCAGGUCCCUGGCACUGUGAGGCAGCAGUGCUAACCACCGAGCCACCAUGCCUAUUGUUUACUAAUUGGACAAAUCUAUUUUUUUUUACAAUGAGACUUCCAUGUCCUCAUUUUGGGAGAGUGUCAUGGAGUUGACAUUAAUUAUUAAGGUUUUUGAAUAAUUUUCAACAGCUGUGAAGAAUACAUCACAACUCAGACUCUCUGUGUCUGCCACUGAUCUGUGUGUAUUGGCAGCAGGAGCCAGGAACUGGUUUGUUUCUUUGACAAUAGAGAUAACAACGUGUUGGGCUGGAUGAACACAGCAGGCCAAGCAGCAUCAGAGGAGCAGGAAAGCUGAUGUUUCGGGCCUAGACCCUUCUUCAGAAAGAAGCUUAGUCAAGUCUGGCAGGACUCAAUGCCGUGUACUGGAGGGAGAGUCAGAAGCACCUAUAAAUUGGCAUCAGAGAAAGCAAGGAGGAAAGACUUCCAUUUCUGUAGCACUUUCAUCAAGUCCCUUCAGUGUGGAAACAGGCCAUUCGGUCCAACAAGUCCACACCGACUCUCCGAAGAGCAUCCCACCCAGACUCGUCCCCCUAACCCUAUCCUUGUAACCCUGCAUUUCCCAUGGACACUAUGGACAAUUAAUGUGGCCAAUGCACCUAGCCUGCAUAUCUUUGGACUGUGGGAGGAAACGGGAGCACCUGGAGCAAACCCAUGCAGACACAGGGAGAAUCUGCAAACUCCACACAGACACCCGAGGGUGGAAUUGAACCUGGGCCCCUGGCGCUGUGAGGCAGCAGUCCCACCAUACCAACAUACUAUUUGAAACGUAAUCCCCAUUGUAAUGUAGGAAAGAUGGGAGCCAAAAAUGUGCAGAGCAAUAUCCCAUAAACAGCGUGGUGGCAAUGACCAGUCUCUAGUGAUGUUGGUUAGGAGAUGGAUGUUGGUCCGAAUUAGGGGAAAAUGCCUCUGUGUUUCAAACAAAUCCCAUGGGAUCGAAGCAGACGGAAGUGGUGACAAUUGGCAGCAAAAUGUUCAUUUUCACUAGUGGCUAUUCAAAGUACAAUGUAUGGAAUACAGAGAGGAUGAUUUUAGUUUUUAUUUUGCAUUUGUCUCCCAGCAUUAGCAUUUUAAUCCAAUGCUUCCAGUCGAUGGAGCAUGCACCGUUAGCUUCUCCAGUUGUAUCAACCAUUUUUGGGCAAUUUAUACAAAUUGUGUUUUGUAUUUUUUAAUGCAGAUUACUGUGGUGCUAGAUCAAAUGAAUGCUGGGUAAACCCAGCUCCAGUUAGCAGGAGAGAACAGAAUAUUCCAGUAUAAAAUAUUCUUUUUAAAGAACUUGAGUCUUUUUAAAACAAGAAAUACAAUAGAAUUUUGUUGAUUUGGACAAGUGUUUAACAACAGUUUUACUGAUAUGAUCUUAGACCUUCCCUGAGCUGUCAGUGAUAAAUGCAGUAGUGAACCAUUCAGGCUAGAAGUUUCCAGCUUUGAUACUUAAUUUCAUUUCUGACUUAGAUCAAGUGAUAAUAGGAACCUUUAUGUCCUUGCGUUAAGGAGAGGCUUUUCCCCUUAUGGACCUUUUGUAACUUGCCCAGUGAUUAAUCAUAUGACUGUUGGAGGAAGGAGAAGGACAUUACAACCGAGCCUGGCUUAAAAGCCACACAAGCACACAUUCACCACAGGAUCUGAUGGAUAAAGUCAGGAGCAGGGAUCCUGACUGAUAUCUCUUGUCACUGCUUUAACUAAGACCAGUUAAUUCAGCACUGACCUCUGUUUGAAUCCAGGACCUUCAUAGACUUUUUGUCGCUCUAUCACGCAUGGUGGAUUACACACUGACACCCAAGGAGAUAGUCACUGAUAGUCCACAGAGGGCUUGCUAAGGUCCAACUAUAUUUGUAUGCUACUAGAACCCCUUUUUCUUGCUUGUAACUUAGAGUCCAUGUAACAAAUUGGGUUUGUGGGUAUCUUUAGUUUAAUAAAUUGCCUGUUCUUCAAAAUACAUUAUUUUUCCAUAAUUGUCAAGGAUUUAUUGUCACAGCUUCUCUUUGACCCUGUGUCCAUAAAACAAAUGUACUCUUGAGACAUUGCAAUAACAAACAGUUGACAAGACCAAAGUAAUUGUUAGAGGCAGCUAAUGUUCAUCUCCUUGUAUGUAUCUGGAUGUAUUUUUACAAGUCAGUGUUUCGACCAUUUUCCAGAGUGAACUAUUAACCGAAACUGAAUAUUGGAGAUUUAUAUUAAUGUUAAUGUAUUGUGUAAUUAACGUUAAACAUUGGAAAUUUAAAUGCACCAGCUCCAUUGUCUGACAUAUCUUUUGAUAUGCUAUCGAUGGUGAAAUGUAAACACUUUAACAGCUUUCUGGAUUGUCUCCAUCCAGAUCCAUCUACUUCUGUCUGGAUUAAUAGAUUUUAGGGUUUUAUAAUUUCUUAUGUUCUAUUUUUUUUAAAAAUAGAUUUAAAGUUUCAAAAGAUCUUCUAUUCAUUAUCUAAAGAAGAAAUCAAUACAAACAGUGCUAAUACUAUUUUUUUGCUGUGUUCUUUUUUAAAAAAUAAUGAGUGUUUUCUAGGUUUGUUGUUUCUGAUGUUUCCUAGUAGCUAAGUGGUGAUAGCUUCAUUAUCAACUUGAAGUGGCCACAAGAGAACUAAUUGUUUGUGGUUUCUUGACCCUUAUGUUAAGGAACACAAAAAGUGUGUUGCAGCUACCAUUUUGUGAACUGGUGACUUAUUGAUUCUGACAGAUGCUGAAAGAUGUUUUACACUUUCUUGAGGUCCAGAGCCAUGUGAAGGGUUCAUGGUACAGUUCCGGAACCUUGCAAGGGAUUAUUGCUGUCCUGUUCUCAAACCUUGAGGGGUCUUUACUAGGAGAUAUUAGACCACUUCUGAUGGCCAAGAUGCAUGAGAGAUGCCCAGCAGUCAGAUGGCCAAUACUAGGCAGACUGGUGUCUGGUGGUAUGAACCCUAAGGGCCAGAAGUAUCCGGUGCAAUAUUGUGCAAGAGAUAUCCAACUGUUGUUUCCGGAGAGCAAUGAUCACCAGGAAACUUGUUGAAAAAUGCUGAGGCACCGAGAGCAUGACUCAAUUCCAACAAGGGCUGACAGCUGCCUUUCCCUCAUUAUCACACAGUUACUUUUCAUUCAAUCAGCACUCUUUGCCAAAACACCAGAUCAAAGAAGAAAACUGUUCUGACCUAGUUAUAUCAAAAUGUGACAUGUUUGUGUUGCCUUUGAGAAUGUGAGGUAGCUAUUCUUGUAGGUGUGUUACCGCUUUAACUACUGUCCCAUUCCUUGGAUCUGCUAACCACACUCAGUCAGCUGGUUAAUGUUCCUCAGUGUUAUUUUUCUAUUUAAGUGUUUUAUUAUUGCUCUGAGGGGUAGAUUGAAGAGUUGAUGGGUACAACUGCUGUGUAUGGUGAUGUAGAAAAUAAAUAGUGAGGGUUGAAUCCUCCUGAAUGCUUUAAA